CGACUUCGCGUACACCAGUGCUUACGAUGGAAGACAACUCAGUCGCGUCUGGCCUUAAUGGGAGUGAGGGAUCGAAUCUAUACGGAUUCAUUGACAAGGACAAGGUGCAUGGGUUGAAUCUCGCAGUGCCUGAAGAUGCGAAGGCUAUUAUCAAGCCCUGGGACGAGCGGGAAUCUAAUGAUAAGUUUGCGGAUAGUGGGGUCGACGACCAGAUGAUUCUUCACAUUCCGUUCAGCCAACUUGUUCGACUUAAAUCCAUCUUAUUGAAGCUGGGACGCGGCGAGACGACCCCCAGGAAUCUGCGAAUAUACGCGAAUUAUCCGAACAUCAUCGACUUCGCUGACGCAGAGAAUACGAGACCGCAUCUGGAUAUGAAUCUACUGGAAGGGGAGACAGCUGUAGUGGAGUACCCGCUACGUGUUGCUGCUUUCGCCAACGUGUCUACUUUGACUCUGUUCUUUGGGGACUCUGUAGGGGGCGACGUGUCCAGAAUCUACUAUCUCGGAUUCAAGGGGGACAGCCGAUCGACUCAGCGAGAGUUGACGUCCAAACUUGAGAUACCUGCGGCGAAUGCAGCGGAUGCACCGUUGGUCGACAAAGUGUCGGAAAGAACAGCAGCAACGCAGACCACCGCACGAUAGCGUUAUCGAGAUGCUUCCAAUCUAGUUAGCGUCUUGUCCAGUCUCCAGUUUUUCCCUGGAAUGUAUCGGAUCUUCUUCAUCAUACGCGAUUCCAGUUUGAAAGCCUCCUCGGUCAAACCCUUGUCCAGGUAAGCGUCCAUGAUUAAGCCAUAGGAAGCAGGUCGGGGUCCAAGGGCUUCCAAACCAUCCAGCAUCCGGUUGGCAGCUUGAAUGUCGCCGCAUCGAGCAUGCACCCCCGCCAGUUCAUCCGCGAUGCCCACAUUCGAUGGAUGGAGUUGCUUGAUGACGAGGACAUCGCCGGCAGCAGCGAUAGCAUCCUCGACCCGACCCAAUCUCCCAUACGCCGCAACAAGGCUCCGGAACACAGCCACGUAAGAGGUCGGAUAAGCACAAAACUGUUGUCGGCUCAAUUGCGAUGAGUAGUGCGCAGCUGAAUAGUGCAAUGUGCGCAAGAUGUUGAGAGGAGACUCUAAGCGCGCCGAAAGGCGGAUCAGUGCGUGCCAAAUGAUCCAAGCAUCGGCAGGCGUGAUCGCUAGUCGACUGGGCACUUUGGCAAGCGGUGGAUUACGGGACAAAGAAGAUGCAUGUUGAAGAAGCGGGUGCCAGGCUGCUGCGGGUAGAAAGGUGGAGUCAAAGUUGUCGUUGAAUAGAGUCACCGUGUCAGCAAACCUGCGUGACUCGCGCAAGAAGAACAUCUCUUUACACAGCCAGACGUAGCUGGCGCCAUCGGAGAGUGAAACCGCACGAUUUCGGAGAAUUGUCAGCCCGCGUGGAUGGCCCUGGGAGGCCCGGUAGUUAACCAUGAACGAGUGCAGACUGUUUCCGGGGCUUUCGUCCAUGGCAAGCGACCGAUUCGACAAGGCGGCUUUGACCUCUCGCAGUUCUGUCGCCAUCCAUUCCCGAGGCAUCGGCGCCGUCACACCCUUGACGAUGGCCCCCGUGGAGAGCGGUUUGGGGGCACGGUGCCGACGAAGAUGUCGCUGAAUCACAGCCAUCUCUUCCGAGAGCUCCUCUUGGCCCUGCAACAGUCCAACCAGCCGCUCACAAGAGCGAGUCAGUCGCAUCCCCGGACUGUCCCGCACCACGCCAGCAGCUUCUGCCAACCAGCCCGCAUCGCAGCACAACUGCACUAACAGAUGCCUCUGUUUCCUCGAUAUCUCUGCAGCCCUCGAGGGUUGGUACCGGGUAUAAUAGGCCACCAACGCUUUCUCGUACUCAAGGAAGAACGAGACGGCUUUGUCAGGGUGCUGGUAUCCCGUCAUCAAGCGCACCAAAUCAUCCCAUACCAACGCCCCAUAUCCCUUUUCGGCACAGACCAGAGAGAAGAGCGUGAUGAGGUGCAGAUUACGCGCGGGGGCGCCUGUGUGUAAAAGCAGAUUCCGCGUGCGCGUGAGUGGCACAUCGCGGACGCACUCGGGCUGCAGGUUGUCCGGGACAAGACGAAUCCACGCGAGGAAUUCGCGCACGCUCUGUUUCCCGUGGAACCGGAUUUGUUCGAGCGCGGCGCCUUCGUAGAGCGCGUUCGGGAUGAUUGCAAGGGACUGCUUGGCAAGUCGUUUUCGGAUGCGUUCUGCCCUGUUGAGCUGGUUGUUUUCAAUACAAAGCGCUAAGAGUUCGUUGGGAGGCAACACAGUUUUCUCGAUGACUGUGCUCAAGAGUCGAGUCGGCGUGAGUGUUCGCCAUCUAAUUAGUGCAGGUCUCAUAGAGGGAGCAUUUUCUGGGUUUAGAGUCCUUGAAUCAAAAUAUAGCUCUGGCG